ACGACUCCAAUGACUCUAUCACGAAAUUCGGUGCUGUUUGCGGUGUUGCACGCAUUGAACUGUAGAAAUUCGUAAUGAUUUCACGAUAUCUACGUCAACAAUCAACGCCGCGAUUUGUUUCUCACUAAAAAUUGGCUACCACGGAGGUAAUACAACGUUCGAUCUAGUUUCGGAAGAGAUAUUUCGUGUCUAAACAGUGUGUGAAGUUGAAUUUAUUAACCUUGUGUCGGACGCUUCUCGGACUUGGCGACACGUUAAGCGUUGAUCGUACAGAGAUAGAGACGUGGUUCCGUAGGGCCAAUCCAAAAGAUAAUAAUGAGUCCGCUGAAUCGGGGACCUCUGCUAGGACCUAGAGUGCCUCCAGCUGGCAUACGACCUCCUCCGCCUCCCAGGUUUGGCGGUAGGCUUCCACCUCCCGGUUUACCUCCAAGAAUGCCACCGCCACCCAUGAGUCCGGUUUUCGGUCCCAUGAGACAGAGACUACCGCCUCCACCGAGACCAGGUGGUGUAAGCAGACCUAGCGGACCUAUGCCAUUGUUUGGUCCUCGAGUGAGAGGUAUGGCUCCAAUGGUUCCCCCGAUGGGUCUACGAGCUGCUGGGCCCAGAGGUCCACCGAUGAGGCCCUGGUCGAGAAGAGGAUUGCCACCCCAAAUUUUACCACAUAUGAGACCACGCUUCUCCAUAGGAAAUGGGAAUGCUAAAGGCAAAGCAUUGAAUAAUAUGAAAAAAGUAAGCAAGUUAGAAGAAUUAGAGCUGAAGAAGCCAUGGAUGACCGAUGAGAUUCGUAGUGAAAUACAAAAGAAAAAUAAACUGUAUGCAAAAUCAAAAAAGAAUAAAGAUGCAAAAGAAUGGGAAGAAUUCAAGGAUUUAAGGAACAAGGUCACAAGGAUGAUCAGAGAAGCUAAAAAUGAUUAUCUCGCGAAACAUCCUGAACAGGCUCAUCUUUAUCCAAGCGAUGAAGAGCCGUACGAUCAGAGAGACGAAAAUUAUACCAGUUCAGAAGAAUGUGAGUCAUAUUAUUGUGAAUUAUGUGACAGAGAUUUUUCAUCGGAAGACGAUCUUGUUGAACAUAAAAAACAACAUAGAGUUUGUGGUAUUGCUGGGUGUACCUUUUCUGCUCAUCCAUUGCUUGUUGAGAAACACAUCACCAUGCAGCACAAUAGUGGUUUAUAUGAUAGGAUGAAAAAUUUAACUAGUCCGGAAGAUAUUGAUAAAUGGAUAACAGAAAGAAAAAAAAAGUAUCCUACAAAAGCUAAUAUAGAACUGCGAAAAGCAGAAGAAAUAGAGAAAGUACAAAGAGGAGAAAUAAUUAAACAGAAGGCAAAUUUUACGCAACAAAAAAAGCAGAAAUCAUUACGGUUUCAAAACAGGAAACGAAAAAUGCCAAGAACAACCACACAAAUGUGGUGCGAUAAUGUGCAAGAGGAAAAAUUAUACAGAGGUUUAAAAGAAUUUCCUGGGACAUUAAGUUUACGAAAAACAGAGUUGCAAGAGGAAGAUGAAUUUGAUCACAGAAUUGUGGAUGAUGAAUGUGACAAAAGUGUUAAUUUUAUUUCCGAUGAAGAAGGAACACCAGUUCUCUUAAUUGAGCCGGUUAUUACUGCCUCUUCUCUAUCUACUUUGGUAGCAGAUUAUGGGAGUGCUUCUGAUGGUAGUGAGCCACCCGAAGAAGUACCAAUUAAAAGAGCAAAAGUUGAAGAUGAUAUUGAAAAGGAUGAGGUACAAAAUAUAAGUGAAAUUGUUAACAAUGUAAAAGAAAAUAAAGAUGUAGAGCAAUGUUCAAAUAUAACAUCUCAAGAAAGUUCAAAUACGAAGGACACCACAAUUUCACAACAUAAACAUAAAGAAAGAAACAAAUUAAAUCAGUAUUCAAAAGAUACAGAACAGAGAAGAAUUGUAGAGAAAAAACAACCAUACACCUCGCAACUGUUAGAAAGAUUGCUUUCGCGAUCGAUCCAACAUGAAAGGAAUUUAAUCUGCCAAUGUAUAAAAUAUAUAGUAGAUAAUAAUUUUUUUGAUUAAUGGUAAAUUAAUAUUUAAUGAACACUGAUCUACCUCGACUUUGUAUUCUUUCUUAAUUAAAAGGAAAAUAAAAAGUUCAAGAUAUAAUAAUUUAUA